AUGGUGAGCCUGAAGAACCUCAGGCCAGAGAACCUACACCUGAAGCACUACUGUGGGGGAACCCUGUACAACAACCAGUGGGUCAUCACCGCAGCACACUGCGUGCACGAGGAUUAUGGAGGAACCGAUCCCAGCAUGUGGCGAGUCCGUUGGACGUCGGUGGUAAGCUGGGAGGAUGGCCGACAGGACCACAACGUCUCCCUGGUCAUCCUUCACCCCGCUUAUCACCUGUAUUACGUGGGUUCCCAGGCCAAAUCGGAUAUACUGAAGUGGGCGUACUCCCCCAUACAAGACCCUGGGUACUGCAGCCAGGACAACGCCUGGGGAUCUCUGAUGGUGAGCAGUAUCCUGGUGUGUUCAGGAUAUGAGCAUGGGCAGGACGACUCUUGUGACGGCGAUUCUGGUGGUCCGCUUAUUUGCCCAUCCCCUGACGGCAGCCGGUGGGAACUGCAGGGCAUUGUUAACUGGGGUAUCAAGCCAUGCGGUCAAACAAACAAGCCCGUCAUGUACGCCCGAGUCACCGCCUUCAAGAGCUGGAUUGAGCAGACCAUCCAGGCGAACUAG